GCAUACAUCCGGUGUAAACGAAAGCACUCUUUUGUUCGUUCGUCACUGUCGGGAGGAGCAGAGCGAACAUUUUAGUCUGAGCUUUAGUCCAGUUUUAUUAAAAGCAGUCUGCUGCGGUUCGUACAGGAGGAUGAAGAUGAAGAUGGAGAAGUUUGUGGAGAAGUUUGUGGUGUUUGUCUUCCUCGCUCACGUUUCCCAGCAUGCCUCAGGGGUGGAGGUGGAGGUGGAUAAUGGGAAGGAGUCUGUCCUGCUGCCCUGUCGGUUUCCUGCUUCGUUACCUUCAGAUUCUGUAAUCGUGUGGAGACGUGAUGAUCUGAAUCCUACAUUUGUUCACACUUUUGUGGAUGGACGAGAUCAGCUUGGCAGCCAAAACCAGCAUUACAACAGGCGCACAUCGAUCCAUCAGAACCCUCUGCAGACCGGAGACCUCAGCCUCACUCUGAGGAACCCCACAUUCACUGACAGUGGAAACUACACCUGUGCCAUCCGCAGGGCUGGAAGGGACCAGGAUACAACAGCAGUACAUCUGGUGGUCAAAGAACCUCCUCCUCCAGUCUGGCCCAAAGUUCUCAUAGCUGUCGGGGUUCCUGUGCUUCUCCUGUGUGUUCUCAGUUUGUUCUUCAUGUAUCGUGUAAAGGAAAGACAGAAGAGAACAGCAGUGGAUCAGCUCAAAGCAGUGGAGGUGAAGGAGGGGGCACCAUCUGUCCUGCUGCCCUGUAAAACCAAAUGUACUGUCGCUGAGGUCGGCAGAGUGGAGUGGAUGUUGGUGAAAUACGACGACAUAAAGAUCUGUGUGUACGAGAACGGUCGGAUCAAAGAACAUCAUCCUGAUUACGAAGAGCGCACAGAGAUGAAGAACCAGCAGAGUGAGAACCAGCAGAGUGAGAACCAGCAGAGUGAGAACCAGCAGAGUCAGACUAAAAUGGACUUCACUCUGACUCUGAAAGAGCCUCGCCUUGAUGAUGGAGGUGUUUACACCUGCACGCUCUACGACAAGGAUGGAAAACCCCUGAAACAGAAAGUGGUGGCACUCUGGGUCAAAGAGAGCUGGUGGGAAUCCUUUAAAGCUGUGGUCCUAUGUAGGCGUCAGAAGAAAAUCCCUUCCACGAGUUCAGUUCCUCUGGAUCAACAUUAUCAGAAUGUUGAAGAAGCUCGUGAGCUUAAGCCAUAAUCCAGUCUGAUGGAUGUGUUGGUGAGGAGGAGGAGGAGGAUGAAGAGGACAGUCUGUCAGUCUGUUGUGGUUCAUGCAUGUACAAAGUUGUGUCUGCUCUGAACAGCUGAAGGAGCCUCAGAUACACACUGCUCAGUAAAUGAAGGACACACACACACACACACACACACACAGACAGUAAGAACACACUGACACCACAGAUCCAGGAUCAGUCCAGUAUCACAGAUGAGUUCCUUCAUUUAUCAGCAGCUCUGAUGUUUCUCAGCUUCUCUCUGCCUCUAUUGAUCUCAUAUUGAUCAUUAAUCAGCUCUCAAACAUGUUUAUCUUGUUCCUGUGUGUCACUCAUAGAUCUGCGUGUGUGUGUGUGUGUGUGUGUGUGUGUGUGUGUGUGUGUGUGUGUGUGUGUGUGUGAUGAUGAUGAUGAUCAUGUGUUCAUGUGUCAGCCUGUUGGUGACCCUCUGAUCUUCACACUGAGCAGCAUCAUCAUCCUCACCUGUCAGAGCUCUGUCCCACCUGCAGACUGAGUGGGCCAAUCAGAACUCAGGUGUAGUGUGUGGGUGUGGUCUUCAGUGCUGCUCUGUGAGGCUCAGACUGACCUCAGAUCAGCGUGUCCUCAGAGGGGAGCCUGGAUCUGCUCAGUGUGGACUCAGAGGAACCUUCAGACUCUCUGGUCUCCAUCAUUUCCUGCCUUAAAGUUCACCCUGACUGUUGGAGAUGCUCAGACCUCCAUCAGAGCUCCAUCAGUGAGGGUGCAGAUGUUCACCUGUGCUGCAUUUUUUCAAUAAAGCUUCUUUAAACUGU